CGCCAACCAGAAGAUUCCCCACAGGCCACAAGCGCAAACUUCUGGCGCUUCAGUUCAGUUCAUUUCACGGUGAACAUCUUUCACUUUCGCAAAUCUUCUAGUCGAAGUUUCAAGUUGAACACUAUUUUCCCGCCACCGCCACCGCUACCGCCACCUUCAGCCGUUCAAAUUCUUCAUCCAUGAAGAUUAGGGAAUACUUUCUUCUCUCUCUGUGAAAUGGGAAGGACUGGAGAUGGAAUCCCAGAAACGAAUCCUCAGAGCUCGAAAACCCCUCGCGGAUUGUACAAAUACCAUCCUCUCCUCCCAAUCCUCGGCUUCCAAUUUCUCCGCUUCAAUCAAACCCCGCAAGCGUGUAAUUAAGUCUGCAGUUAAAGAUGUUGUCAACAACGAGAAGAAAAGCCAACCAGUUCUUGCGUCUGAAUCUACAUCCGUUAAUUUGCGAGCUUCAAACCCUAGUUCUGAUUUUCUUCCUACAGAACCUGCCUCUGAUUUUUCUCCUGUAGAACCAAACCCUAGCGCUGAUUCUCUUCCUUCAGAACCUAGUUCUAGUCGACUCCCUACGGAAGUCUCCACUCCUCCAAGGCGUGCUGAUUUGCCUUCUAGUUCAGGAACAGAUCGUGUUUCGGAGCCCCAGUCAUUCUACAGUCGAAGGCAACCUACGAAUAAAAGGAAGAGUGUUGAGAUAGCAGUUGCACCAUUUAUUUUCUCUACCUCAUCGAAAAUCCUAACCAGAGGUAGAAAAAGAGAGGGAUAUGAUAGCCCAUCCAAAGCGAAGACAGUUCCUUGUAAAAAGCUAUUCUUUUGGCAGAGGCAGCGUGCCACAAUGUAUGAGCAAGAUGAGUCCAACAUAGAGCUUCCACGGGAAUUUGUCGAACAGCAGAAAGCAUAUUUUUCAGAAGUAGAUGCAUUUGAACUACCAGUAGAGGAGGCUAAAUCAUCCGACUCGGAGUAGAUGGUUGUUCUGUAUAGUUCUGUGAAGUGUAGGCAAUGUAACCCUUCAAGUUAAAAGUCUGUAUGGUGAAGCUGGUAAAGUUCAUGUUCACUCAUAGAAACGGCUUUCUUACUUCUGUCAUUCAAUGCAGGUGCUGUUUUCUCCCUAAA